AUGAAUUAAAUUUAAAUAAAUAAUAAUGAAUUAUUGAAAAAAAAAUAUUCAAAACAAGGUUCUAUUUCAACUGAACUAGAUUCCAGUACUUAAGCAAAUAAAACAAAUAAUGAUAAUAUUUUAAAUAAUAAUAAAGAAAACGAUAAUAUCCAAUAUUAGAAAUAAUAUGAUCAAAAAACUAUAUGUAUUAAUGAAAAUUAAACAAUAUAAAUUGGUUCAGAAAAUGAUAAAAUUCUUAGUUUAAGGUAUGAUCCAACAGAUUAAUAUAUAGCAGUAGCUUCUGAGGAUGGUUCAUCGAGAAUAAUUUAUAAACCAAAAUUUUAAACUAUGUAUACAUUAAAUGAUACUUUAGGUAAUAAAUCUAACCCUGCUACAUGUAUUAGAUGGAAUACAUCAAAAAAAAGUCAAAUAUAGAAUGCAUUUUUAACUACAUAUGCUGGAGGAAAAUGUAUAUAUUGGCAUGCUACUUCUUAAUAAAUUCUUGCUAAAUAUUAGGAAGAAGAAUCUAUAGAUUUAUAUACUUGCGAUUUUAGUUAAGACGGAAAAAAAUUUAUAACUGCAGGAUCUGAUGCAAAAGUAAGGCUUUACGAUAUUGGAAAAAAAAAGCUACAAUUUUGUAAAAAGGAAUUUGUUCAGAACAUAAAAAUAGAAUAUAUGCAUCAAAAUUUAUAGAUGAAAAUACGCUAAUAACAGUAAAUAUAUAUUUUAUAUUAAGAUAUAUAUAAUUAAUUUUAAAAAUUUAUUUUAUAUAAAUUAAAAAUUAAAAAUAUAAAAAAUUAUUUAAAUAAAAAAUUUAUAUAAAAAAAAUAAAAAUAUUAAAAAAAUAAAAAAAAUAUAUAAUUAAAUAUAAAUAUAUAUAUAUAUAUGAUAUAUUUAUAUAUAUAUACAUAUAUUUUUAUAGGCAGGAUGGGAUAUUAAUGUUUUAAUUUGGGAUUUAAGAACUAAUUCAACUCAAGGAUAUAUUUAUGGUCCAUAGGUAUAUGGAGACGCUUUAGAUUAUAAAGAAAAUUAAAUUUUGACUGGAUCUUUUAGGGGUGA